AUGCCGAUGUCUGUGGAGGAUGACUCUCGAAGCCAAAAAGGGCCAGGGCCAGGGCACGGGCUUCUAAAGGAUGGCGCCGUGUUGUCCGCCACAGACUUAGAUGGAUCCCACCAACAGCAUCAGUAUCAGCACAUGAGCUCUAGUCCUGUUACUCACCCAGCUGCCAAAGAAACAAGACAUCUCAUAUCGCCGUCGCCUACGCCAUCCGCCAGAAGCUCGUCUUCAUCUUCAGUCGUGACCACGGACUCAUCGAGUGAGCCGCCGGACACCGUAUCAUCUGCUCCAAAUCUGCGCAGCUAUUCCGGCCAUUUGGAAAAGAGAGCUCAUGAUUCUGCUUCUGAAGUAAACGGGGAAGUAAAGUACCCCUCGGCCCUCCCUAUCUCAAAACCACUACCUCUUCACGAGCUCCAUGAUAUCCCGGAGGAGAGAGUCAAGAAGCCCCGAAAACUGUCAGCGGCCAGCCCAAACGGAGAGAUUUUGAAACUGUCAGCGGCCGAGAUGGAAGAGUUGACUUCAGCCCCAGAUUCAUUACCUGUCACUUCCCCGGUCAAACUGUCUCUCGCAGCUUCUCCGAUGUUUGAUAAGAGAGGCUCAGUGUCAGAGCCUACUCGCUCUGAUGCAGAUGACCAGAGGAAGACCGAGCAAGUUUACAGGUCGGCUACUUCUGAACCUUUCAAAAUACAUACGGAAUCAACUGGGGAGCGGCGGCCCAGUAAUGAGAGUACGCCGAGCAACCUAGUUGGCAGGCGGCCUGGAUUAUUGUCGUCCAGGACUAUAUCAACUCCAGUGACUAGCAGCAAUCGUAUGCCAUCUUACAGCAAAGGUUCGGCAGGUUCGGCUCGUCAACCGUCACCGAGACAUAAAUCAAUUCCUCAUGGUGCAUGGCUGGAGCCAUUAGAUAUCAAUUCGAGUUCAAAGCCAUUACCCAAAAAUGUAAACGGGUCGGCUGAUCGCCAACCUUCGCCAAUUCAUCCGUCUAUUCCUCUUCCGCCUAUGUCAAUACCCACAUAUCUACAACUUGAGUUAUCAUCAUCCAGGCCAUCGCCUUUGUAUAUUUAUCGAUCCGCAACAGGAGAUACACCCUACGAAUCCUCCAAAAUUAAAUUUGAGCGUUUAUUGAACUUUCUGUUAUUACCACCGCAACUGGAGCAAGUACUUUUUUUCGGAUCAUUGGCGUGUCUUGAUGCAUGGCUGUAUACCUUUACCAUCUUGCCACUUAGAUUCCUCAAGGCGGCAGCUAUCCUGAUUCAGUGGUGGGGCGAAGCUCUGUCGAAAGAAGCACAUUUUAUAUUGGGAUUCAUUUACCACGGGGCUGGAAGAUUCUGGCAUCGCCAGCGUGAUCGAAAUGGUAGUUCUGAUUCAUCCUCUCGGUCUCGAAGUGUUUCAAGGGCACGACGCCCAAUAGCUUCAACCACGUCGUCAUUGCAGUCUCAACCAGCGAGAACUUCUGAAUCAAGUAAUGGUCACGGCAGUUACGAGCAGUUCAUGUCUGAGCUGGAGCGUAAGUCAAGGCAGGGAUGGGGUCGCAAACAUCGACGAACGAAAUCACAACCCUCAUCAUUAUCUUCAAAUCACAAGGCGGACCUUCUUCAGGGUGCCGUGAUAAUAUGUACCUGUAUCCUUUUAAUGAAACUUGAUGCAAGCAGAAUGUACCACAAUAUCAGAGGGCAGUCAGCUAUCAAACUCUAUGUCAUCUACAAUGCUCUCGAGGUAUGCGACAAGCUGUUCUCUGCUUUAGGACAGGACAUAUUCGAAUGCCUCUUUUCCAACGAGACAUUGGAGCGAGAUCCUGAUGGUCGAAGCAAGAUCCUCAGACCUCUUGGCAUGUUCGUGCUGGCGUUGAUAUAUAAUGUCAUCCACGCAGCUCUAAGAAACAUAGUAGAGCUCGGCGGAUUGAGCAUCGUUGGGAACGAGGCAGAUUUAGCCAAGGAUACUACUACACCGAUCAGGACCAAUUCUAUCCUACCUAACAGCUUCACUAUCCUUCCCAACUGGUCUGGCGAGGUCCUCACCCCAUUCCUCCUGGUGCUUGGAAGCGAGAUGCUGGUAGACUGGAUCAAGCACGCCUAUAUCAGCAAGUUUAACCGGGUCAAACCCGCUAUCUACCAAAAAUAUCUAGAUGUUCUAGCGAAAGACUAUUACUCCAAUGCUUUCGUGAAUCAGAACCUCAUUAAAAGAUUGGGUCUCCCAGUUAUCCCAUUAUCAUGUCUGUUCAUUCGGUCCUCUGUCCAGACCUACCACAUGUUCCUCGCCACCCAUGUGCCACCACCUAUUUCUUCUACUGCUACUGCACUAUCGGUUGAGUCUGCCACUGCAUCUCCAGCUACCAUGGCCGCCCUUGAACACUUCGACAACAUUAUCCGGAAAGCCCUUGGAAGAUCAACGUUCGGGAUCCCACAUCCGGAAUCCUUGAACCAAUGGUAUCUUCCCAGCGCCGAUGACGUAAUCGCCGCCUUGACUAUGCUCAUCUUCUUCCUGGGUGCUUUCCUCGUGCUUCUGGCAUGCAAGUUAGUCCUCGGGAUGUUACUACUGAAGUUUGCGCGGAACAGAUAUCAAACUAUGAAGAAGCGUGACCAUCAGAAUUACGACAUGGAUGGCAAAAGGAUUGGCGGGUGGGGAAUGGUUGAGUUGGAGGAAGAAAAGCGGCGAUACUUUUUUGAGGAUGAUCCGGAGACGUUAAAGAAGCUGAAAGAGAAAGAGCGGCUUGCUAAGGAAAAAGCUGCCGCGGGGCAGGAUUUUUCGAAGAUCAGUAGGUAUGAGAUGUCUGCGAAGAGGAUUUGGUAG